CAUUUGAACGGUGUUAGAUGGUAUCAAAGCAAAUAUGCCUGAUCCCAGUUAAAUUUUUUUGCAUUUUUUUUUUCGAGUGAGGGUAACAUUAAUUACUCCAUCGCUCAACUAAAUUCUUAUCAUAUACACGAAAGAGAUAACCAUUUCUGUAUUUCUCUAUUUCAUACACGCAUACAAAGUAUUGCUCUUGUAUUCCAUAUUCUAUAUGAAAGGUAUUGACAUUAAUAAACAGUACAAAUCAGUUCGGUAAAGAGUUUGGUGUUCGUGCGGAAUAAGGAAGUGGAGAUUAAAGCAUGAAAAUUAAAUUUAAAAUAGUUAUUAGUGCAUUCUUAAAAUAUGAUAAUUUCUGAUUUUUGUGUUAUGUUUCGUACAAGUGUAUAAAAAUCUUGGUAAAGUUUUCACAGGUGCUUGGCCUUAACAAAAAUAAUCUACAUAAUUAUUAAGUGCGUUCCUUACUUUUUAUGUUGAACAAUUAUUGUUUGGUUUUUGUGUACAUAAAUAACGUAUGCCAUUAUGCUGUAUGUGAACUUUUAAUUUUGUUCAAUUUGAUUUUACUUUAAACAAUGGAUCCUCAUGCUUUAAAGUUUAUUUCAAAAAGAACAGAUAUUGUUAUUGAUAACCCAACAUCUUCUAAUUCGCACUUGGCUCAGCCUCUAAAGGACAAUACUAAUAUUAGAAUAAUUAAAAUCAAAUCGGAUCAACAAGAAACUGAAAGUGUAUCGAAAGCCUUAAAACAGCAUCAAGAAUCUAGCAUAAUAAAAAACAACGAUCGUCCGUUGAAGUGUCUUGAAACUUUGGCACAAAAGGCUGGAAUAACAUUUGACGAAAAGUACGAUUUUGCUAGUCCUCCACAUCCUGGAAUUAAUAGUUGUAAUAAUAUUUUAGGAAAUACAUCAGUUUCAUCAAUAAUUUCCGCUGUACAAAAAAAUUUCGUAAUGGAAAAAUCACAAAGUCCUGUUCAACAAAUAACACCAUCGACUGUGUCUCUGCAGUUCUCUCCAGAACAAAUACAGCAAUUACAACAGCUACAAUUACAACAUGGAUCAACUUUUGCUGCAAUUCAAGUUAAACAAGAAUUUCCAACACAUACAACUACUGCGCAUCAAUUAAGCAGUGGAACCGCAUCAUCGGGAGAAAUUAAGCAUACUGCCAUUAUGGAUCAUUCUCAGGGCCAGUUACAACAAAUGCAAAUGCAAUUAGCUGAUACUAGUACAGGCACGUCAGCCAGUUCUGGUACUCACCAAACACCAACUAGUGCAGGCGCUUCUGUUGCUACCAUGCAGCAGCAUUCAACGACAAUAAGCGCUAUGCCUUCUAUGCAGUUAGCUACAACAGGCCAGGUUCCUGCCGAUUGGAGUCAAGGCCGUACUGUACAAUUAAUGCAACCGCCUACUCCCAUCAAUUCUGGUUUUAUUUAUCAGCCACAGAUGAUCGUCCCCGGUAAUCUCAUACACUCAACUGGACUUGGACAACAACAAAUACAGGUCAUCACAGCCAGUAAACCAUUUCAAGGAGGUACACCUCAGAUGAUAACUGCUACUGCCUCAAACACAAAACCGAUGCUUGGAACAAAUGCAGGUUUUCCCAGUGGUACUUACGCUAUUCCUUCUAGUCAAUCACCGCAAACAUUAUUAUUUUCGCCCGUCAAUGUCAUAUCACAAUCACCUCAACAACAACAAAGUUUAUUGCAAAACUAUGCAGCAGUUGCUGCAAAUGCACAACAGCAACAACAAAACGCUAAAGUAAACUCAGAAGCACAAAAAAAUUUGCAACAGAAAGUUGUACAAAAAGUAACUACAACUACGAAUACAGUUCAGUCAGCGUCUGGUACUGGAGGUGUUUCAGCAGUUGCACAACAGCAACAACAACAAUCAAGUCAACAAUGCGUUCAGGUAUCUCAGUCUGCAAUGCCAACAGCUACACAAAUUAUAAGCCCAUUACAAAGCGCUACUGGAACUCCACAACAAAUGCAAAUAUCUGCCCCUUUUUUACAGAGUGUACCAUUUUGGACAAAUGGAUUGCAACAUUUAACCCAAAACUCUAUUAUUAUACGAGGUACACAACCUGACGGCACUCAUGGAAUGUUUAUACAACAACCUGCUCCCCAUCAGACGUUACAAGCACAACAACCAAGCCAAAUAUCACUGCAGUGUAAUGUGACUCAAACACCUACUAAAGCACGUGGACCAAUUGACAAUAUUUCUCAAAAACAACAAAACCAUCAAGUACAACCACAGCAGACUGUUGGUUCUCAGUUACAAGUUGCGCAACAACGUUCUUCUCAGAUAUUGGCACAAGGUGGGGCUCAAAUACGACCAGCUAGUUCUGUUUCUACACAAACCGCUCAAAAUCAAAACUUAAUUAAGCAUAAAUUGCGUAAUAAACAUCAACCUGUGCGUCCUGCAAUGCCAACAUUGAAGACUGAAAAUGGACAACUACAACAUAAAGCGCAGUCAGUAAGUUCUGGUACUGCAAGUAGCCUGCAACAACAAUUACCAACCGCUAUCGCUCAACAACCUACCAUGCAUCAAGUUGUGACAGGAAAUAAAAUGGUGGUUAUGAGUGCUGGCACCCCUUUAACUAUACAAAAUGGUCAAACAAUACAAGCUCCUACAACUCAUGUAGAUAAACAGCAACAACAAAUACAACUUCAACAAAUUCAAAAACAGCAGCAACAACAAGUGUUGCUGCAGCAGCAAUUAUUACAACAACAAAUUGCACAAAUACAGCAUCAACAACAACAACAGUUGCAACACCAACAGUUACAACAGCAGCCACAAACGCAACAAAUUCAUCUUCAAGUUGCACCCCAAACAUUUUUAUCUCAACAACAGCAACAAAGCCAAUUACAAAGUCAGAUAAUGCAGCAACAACAGAUACAACAACAUCGUGAUCAGCAGCAACAACAAAACAUAAUCCAUCAAAUCGUCGUACAACAAUCUCCACAGCAGCAAAUAACAGCUGUGCCACUCUCAGUCUCAUCUUCAACCCCUGCCAGUAUUGCAUCCUCUACUGCAGCUGCUUUACAGCAACAUGUAAACUUUCAAACCAAAACGACAACUGCACCUACAACUACAUCCGUAGUUACUAUAACAAAUCAAUCUGGUCCACUAGUAACAAGUACAGUAGGCCUUAAUCAAAAUCCACAAAUACAACAGCAGCAGAACUUAGUUGCGGCGACUAUAGCUGUAUCGCAACAACAACAAAUAGCACAUCAAAUUGUUCCACCAACACCUACAUCGCAAAAUACAACACAAACACUAUCACAAACGAGGUCUGCUUCUGCUCAAAAUCCUAUUCUAGCAAUGACAUCCAUGAUGAACGCGGCGGCCUCUGCACAAUUGAGUCAUUCUCAUCAAACUUCAAAUUCAUCGACAGUUACAAACGCAAUUUCUUCACCAAAUUGCAAUAUUAAUUCACAACCCUCCACGCCUCAAAAAAAUAUUAAUGAUCUUAAUCAGCAACAAAAAGCGAUUCAUUCACCAUUACCUUUACAGCACGCAGCUGAUAUCAGUCGUGGUAUAACUGUUUCUUCUGCUUCUAGUAAUAGUACUGAAAGUAAGGACUUAAACACAAAAGUUAUAUUAGGAACAACGAUAGUGACAUCCUCACCUCUUCAAAACCCGGAACCUCACACCACAACUAAUUCUGUUUCUGAUACAACAGCAGCAAAUGUUACAUUAAAUGCCGAAAUUUUAAUGGAUACAAUUCAAGCUUCCGUACAACAGAACAUUCAUCAGUUAGAUGAAACGAAUACACCGAUAAUACAACAAUCAAGUGUGUCACAAACUAAAUCUAAUACAGUCGGCCGAGAAGAUAAAAUAAAUCCGAGUGAAAACUGUGAAAAAGCCAGUGUAAUUCCUUCAUCUCUUGAUGAAAAUUGCUUUAGUAACAACAAAUGCGUCAAUAAUAUUACAAAUAGUACAGCGCCAUCUAAGACAGCUGGUCCAAUAAUCGCAAAGGAUUUGCCUAAAGCAAUGAUUAAACCAAACGUCCUUACCCAUGUCAUUGAUGGUUUCGUUAUUCAGGAGGCAAGUGAGCCAUUUCCAACAACACGACAACGUUACACAGAUAACGAUACUAGUGAUGAACCACCAAAAAAAAAAACUGCUCUGGAGGAAACCAUAUCCAAUAACGUAAUUCCUAAUGAGAUGAUAACUUGUGAGCAGUGUGGAAAACCUGAACAUAAAUCUAAACUAAAAAAAAAACGAUAUUGCUCUCCAGCUUGUGUGCGCCAAGCCAAAGUAUCUGUAGGUGAGCAAGUAAAUGAACUAAUUAUAGAUAGCGCUAAUGGACAAACAAAUACAAAAGAAUUAAAUAAUAAAUUGGAAACAGUAACUGCAAGCAACCGCGUUGCAAUAGGUGACGACAAAAUGCAAAUUGAAGUAUCAGUUGCUGCAACAGCAGUACAAAAUCUUAACAAUAGCAAUAGCCAGGCAUCUAAUAUAACAACAACUACUCAAAAUUUGUUACAGCCAAACGAUGUGACUAGUGCUUCUGUUAACGGCAUAGAUACGCCACAAAUGAUUAAUUGGACUGUUUCUGAUGUUUGUGAAUUUAUUAAAAAUUUACCUGGCUGCAGUGAUUAUGUUGAUGACUUUGAACAACAAGAAAUUGAUGGGCAAGCAUUAUUAUUAUUAAAGGAGAAUCAUUUAGUUAAUGCAAUGGGAAUGAAAUUGGGACCGGCGCUUAAAAUUGUUGCUGCAGCAGCUGCUGCAAAUACAUCUGCAUCAGCAACUACUGCCACUACUAAUAUAACACCUGAAAGAGAAGCACAGUAGAUAAAUAAAUGUGAGACGUAUUUGUAGUAUAUUAUAUUUAAUUUUCUUUGAGAAAGAAUUUUUUUAUUAUAAUUUC